AGGCCCGCCUCGCCGCCCUGCCCUCCGUGUUCCUGCUGUCCUCCCCCGCCGUGCGGUGCUGGGCGGACCGGGUGGUGGGGGCGCUGCUGGGCGGCAUGCGGCUGGGCGAGCGGCCGCUGGAGGAGCAGCAGCUGGAGCACCUGCUGCAGGAAGCCCUAGCCUCCGCCAGUCCCGACGACAUCCUGCCACCCGCCUCCAGCCUCGUCCUCACCCUCGCCCCGGCCGCCUCCGAAACAACCUCCAACACCGGAGCAGCGGGUGGGGGUGCGGCUGGGGGCCCCACUGCUGCAGGAGCCUCUCAGGAGCCGGCUCCCUUCCAGGCAGUCCAGGAGCUGGACCGCAGUGUGGGCGAGCUGGAGCGGCUGCAGCUGGG